AUGGAGGAUCCCAGCUGGCGACGGAACUGCGAUUUGCUCACAGAUGCGCUCCAGUCACUGGAGCGUAGCACCUUGCAGAUACGGCGCAGCGCCAACAAACUUACGACGCUGCGAGACAUUGCGAGGGAGCGGGAGAGAGUGAAGCAGGUGACAGGCCGCACGAACGCCAAGGAGGUGCACGCCAUACAGGAUGCACUGGGACUCAUGGAGAAGUACAUGCGGCUUAACCCCGCUCAGCUGCGGGGCCAGGGCGUCAAGCUCACCACGGAGGCCAAGGUGGCCCUGGAGAAGUACCAGAAGUCUUGCGACGCAUUCUACAGAAAAUGCAUCAGCGUCGAGGAGUCACUGCGCUCCGGUAGAGGUACCACGCGUGUGAAGAUGCUAUCGGGAACCCCGGCAAGCAGCGAUGCCGAAGACGUGGAUGAAACUAGUGAUUUGCUUCAAAGGGGCGCAGCGGGUACCCUCACCCAGAAGGAAAUGUUUGAACGUGACUUGCACGACGAGAUCAUGGCGGAGCGACGACGUGAAACCUCCGAGAUUGCUGACAACGUGAAGGAUAUCAACGAGAUAUUCAAUCAUAUUCAUCUCAUGGUGGAAGAGCAGGGGGACACUCUGGACAUCAUUGAGGGAAACGUUGGGGUGGCGCAACAGGCUACAAGAAACGCGGCGGACAGCUUGCGGCAGGCCCAGCGGUAUCAGGAGAAUCCGAGACGUAACAAAUUCCUGCUGCUUCUUGUCCUUUUUCUAGCAGUCAUAAUUUUUAUUACAGUGUUAUUUCACUGA